AUCUUUCGGCCCCCCUUCCCACGCCCCAGUGCGCUGUGGGAUAGUGGCACUAUAAAGUAUAUCCUCUCUCGGAGAAAGAUAAGAAGCCCUAGACAGGAGGGGAUGAAGAUGGCUGACGCCAAGCAGAAGAGGAACGAACAGUUAAAACGGUGGUUAGGGUCGGAGACAGACCUCGAGCCUCCUGUUCUGAAAAAGAAGAAGACGAAGGUGAAGUUUGACGAUGGCGCCGUGUUUUUGGCUGCCUGUUCAAGCGGCGAUACCGAGGAGGUGCUCCGAAUGAUUGACCGGGGAGCUGACAUCAACUAUGCCAAUGUAGACGGUCUGACUGCCCUCCAUCAGGCAUGCAUAGAUGACAAUGUGGACAUGGUGACAUUCCUGGUGGAACAUGGGGCUGCCAUCAACCAGCCUGACAAUGAGGGCUGGAUCCCCCUCCAUGCCGCCGCCUCCUGUGGGUACAUGGACAUAGCAGAGUAUCUGAUUGGCCAGGGGGCCAACGUGGGGGUUGUGAACAGCGAAGGGGAGACGCCACUUGACAUUGCAGAGGAGGAAGCCAUGGAGGAGCUCCUGCAGAAUGAGAUCAACCGACAAGGCGUGGACAUCGAGGCGGCCAGGAAGGAGGAGGAGCGGAUCAUGCUGAGGGACGCCCGGCAGUGGCUCAACAGCGGGACCAUCAACGACGUCCGACACGCCAAGUCCGGGGGGACCGCGCUCCACGUCGCCGCCGCCAAGGGAUACGCAGAGGUUUUAAAGCUUUUAAUCCAAGCAGGGUAUGAUGUAAAUAUUAAAGACUUUGAUGGCUGGACCCCGCUCCACGCUGCUUCACAUUGGGGCAAAGAGGAGGCCUGCAGGAUACUGGUAGAGAACCUAUGUGACAUGGACCUAAUCAAUAAAGUGGGUCAGACAGCUUUUGAUGUAGCAGAUGAAGAUGUCCUUGGCUACUUAGAGGAAUUACAGAAAAAACAGAAUCUGCUUAAUAGUGAAAAGAAGGAUGUUAAGAAGUCUCCAUUGAUAGAAACGACAACAGCUGGCGACAACAAUCAAAAUCAAAAAUUAAUCAAGAGCAAAGAGACCCUGAUCCUGGAAGCAGAGAAACCUGCUCCGCGCAUUGAGACCCUGGAACCAGAGAAGGUGGAUGAAGAAGAGGAAGGCAAAAAGGACCAGGAGUCCAGCUGCUCUAGUGAGGAGGAAGAGGAGGAAGACUCAGAGUCUGAAACUGAAGCUGAUAAGAGCAAGACGCCGGCCCCGGUCAGCAACAGUAACCAACCUACUGCGGUGCCAGUCACGGCCAGCGUUACGCCGUCCUCCCCGUCUCCCAGCAGCCCUACUAACCAGGUGACUCCCAGCUCGCCUGUCAAGAAGUCUGAUUAUAUUGCUCCCCUCAUGCCUGUGGCGGAGCCAAGCUGUCCUGCAUUGUGGCGUCAAGGCUUGCGCAAAACUGGCAUUUCUCUAGUGCCCAAAAAACCCAUGGUGUUGCAGCAGUCCCCUGCUGGGAAGGUCUCUCCCAAAGAUAAACCGGAGGACGACAAGGCUAAGAAAUCGGAUGAGUCCCCGGCAUCCUGGCGCCUGGGCCUGAGGAAGACAGGCAGCUAUGGCGCCCUGGCGGAGAUCACGGCCACUAAAGAGGCCCAGAAGGAGAAGGACGCGGCCGGCGUGAUGCGCUCGGCCUCCAGCCCCCGCCUCUCCUCCCCCCUGGACAACAAGGACAAAGAGAAGGAAAAAGACAAAGGCACCAGACUAGCCUAUGUUGCCCCUACAAUCCCCAGGAGACUGGCCAGUACAUCAGACGUUGAUGAGAAAGAGAACAGGGACUCGGCUGCCAGUCUGGUGCGGAGCGGCUCCUGCACCAGGAGACGCUGGGACGACGACCUGAAGAACAGUGAAGGAAGCCCUUCCACCAACCGAACCACCCCCAGCUAUCAGCGCAGCACGUCCCACACCCUAGCACUGGGGCGGAGCGGCAGCACGCCGGACGUGCCGGCCAAAUCCUCGUCCGCCUCCAGCUUGGACCCUAACACCUGUAACACUAAACCCUGGCAGUCGCCCGCCUCCCUCAACCCGUCUUACAGCGUUUACAGCAGCGGCUCUUUUGGCAGGAGGCAAGAGGACCCGGGUUCGACCACCUCCUCCUCCACCACCUCGUCUGUUACCUCGCCCACAGGCCACCGCAGCCUCCUCUCCAGCCUGGGGUCCGCCUCCACCCGCACCGGGUCCUCCAGCCUCACCAGCAGGUACUGGGCGGAGGAGAGCGCCCAGAGGGAGAAGGAGCGGGAGAAGGAGUCAGCCGCUGUCAUCCCUACGGUUAACACUGGUUCUACCACCACGUCCACCACUGGCACUAUCAUUGGCUCUGACGGCAGGGAGAGACGCAGGUCCGAGAUGCGCACAUCGUACCUCACACCUGUCCGGGACGAGGAGUCUGAGUCUCAGAGGAAAGCCCGGUCCAGACAGGCUAGACAAUCCAGGAGGUCUACUCAGGGUGUGACUCUGACUGACCUCCAAGAGGCGGAGAAAACUAUCGGCCGGAGCCGCCCCACCCGGACCCGGGAGGAGGAGAAGGAUGAGAAGGAGAAACAAGACAAGGAGAAACAGCAGGAGGAGAAAAAGGAAACUGGUGAGACCAAGGAGGAUGACUACCGGUCGAGGUACCGCAGCUUUGAAGAGACUUACCAGCGCUACCGACCCUCCACCACUUCGACCACCUCCACCCUGAGCACGUCCUCCGUCCCGUCCUCCUCCACCUCCCUGUCCACUUCCUCCUCCAGCUCCCUCAACAGGCCCAAUAGCCUGAUGGGCAUCACCUCCUCUUACAGUCGCUCUUCCAGGGAUACUGAGAAAGAGUCGGACAAGAGUCAGCAGCAGGAGGAGAAGGAGGGAGAGGACAAGUCCCAGCCCCGCUCCAUACGGGAUCGCCGGCGGCCCCGUGAGAAGAGACGUUCCACAGGGGUGUCCUUCUGGACCCAAGAUGGGAGUGAUGACAAUGACCUGGACCAGUCUGCAGACUCUGAAGAAGGCAGCACCAAAGGGGAACCUCAGAGUGACCGACUGUCCAGGAAUGAGAGCACCACUUCUUCAUCAGACCGCUAUGACCACCUGGGUAGCCGUGGCUACGGCGAGGGUCGGAGGUCAUAUCCGAGCAGGCUGGACCGAGACGACAGCACUGACUACAAGAAGCUUUAUGAGCAGAUCCUAGCUGAGAACGAGAAGCUGAAGGCCCAGUUACAUGACACUGACCUGGAGUUGACUGAUUUGAAGCUCCAGUUGGAGAAGGCUACACAGAGGCAGGAGCGCUUUGCUGACCGGUCGCAGCUUGAGAUGGAGAAAAGGGUUACAAGCAGGCCCCAAUUUCAGCUGGGUGGAAAGAAGAGCUCUAGAAAGGAAGAUCUCUGAGAUGGAGGAGGAACUAAAGACGCUACCCGACUUGAAAGCAGACAACCAGAGACUAAAGGAUGAGAACGGAGCUCUUAUUCGAGUCAUUAGCAAGCUCUCCAAGUAGAACAGGCCCCUCCCCCUCACACUCCCCCCAUUGCAGUGACUAAUGGAAUUGCACAUUUAGGUAUUAAUUGCAACAGUCAUCACCAAGAAGAAGACUCUGUCUCCCCUCAGCUGUUCUCCUCCUCGCUCCUGUUCUCCACAACAGCGUCCUCCCAUCGCUCCAUGGGGCCAUUACCCACUUAAACCUGUGGCUGCUCUCCAGAUAGAACCAAUGAGUUUACAUUAGCAAGGGAAAGGGUUGUGAAUGGCAUGUCAGAGCGUUUGCGGGCGGGGAAGCCUCAACUAUUUAACCAAUAAGCCUUAGUUGUACAUAAAAAAAACACUUGCAUCAAUCUCGGCUGUCACAGAUGAACAGUUAUUCCUCACCUGAUUUUAUUUGUGCCACAAGCUCUCUUAUUUGACAUACUACUUUGUUUUUGUUUCCUGUUUUGUUCCUCUACCUGCAUAGAAGGGCUGUGCGAUGUGCAUUUCGUCCUUUCUAACCCCCCAACCCCCCCCCCCCCAAGUGCCAGAAGUCCCACCCCGGUUUGGGAGGCUCUGUCUCUCAGCAGAAGACCCCCCCCCCCCCUCAAACACACACACACACACACACACACCACACAGGCACGUGCACCCCUCCCUGUCCACGCCACCCAGCCCCUUUCCAUUUCUCGACCGUUGUCUCCCUCAGAGGGAAAUGGAACUCUCGCUUUACAGGUGGACCUGGUGGAAUUUAAGCUUUCACUGUAUGUGCAAUAUGCAUUUAUUUCUUAUAAAAAUGCUUUAAUGAUGAGUCCAUCACUAGUAGGAUUUUCACUCCUCUUCCACCUUUUCUGUCGCUCACCCCUUCUCCUGUCCCUCUCCCCCUCUUUGUUUUUAAAGGUUGUAGUGUAGUCGUUGGUUUAUACUCUGUAUUCCUCACUUCGUUUUAGCAGGUACUGACUGAUGCUGUAUAUACCUGUAUGUAUUGUUUGAGACCAGCACAUGGCAUGCAUUUAUGGUUCUCGUCUGUUACUAUUAAAAAUAUACAAACUUCAGAGGACAAAAAGUGUGUUUUAACUAUUUUCUUCAUUUAUAGUCUAAGCCAUUGGAUUACAGUAGGGCCUCUCUCUUAAAGGGAAUGGCUGGCAGUGUUCAGUGCUUUUUUUCUUUCCAGUUUUAAGUUUUCACGGUAAUUGUGAGAUACAAGUAAUGUUAUUGCUUCACUACAUUUCACACAUUGUAUUCAGUAUCUUUGGGCGAGUGCUGUUCCUUUUUUUUUUUUUUUUUGGAAGCUGUCGUAUUAGCCAAGGUGAUGUCACUAAAAGAGCUUAGGUAUCGCUAACCCAGUCCUUGUUACAAUGUCUAAAUGCACUGUCAAUGCCAUGUGAGGAGUCUUUGAUGUCAGCCACCAUCCAUAAAUCCAUGCAUCAGAAACACAUUUUAUGCAUUUCAGUGGCCUUUUAAGAAUACUGUAGUAAAGGGAAAAAGUUGCUGUAGGACUGUUGGCCAUCUCCUCCUUUGCUUUAGAUUUUAUGUUUUUUUUUUUUUUCCUUUUAAAUUUCCCAUCCUCUUGUAAAAUAGGCGUGUGGCUUCAUACAUGUGAGCUGUGCUGUGACUACCAACCACUGAAGAGUUCAUUAAAAAUAAACUUGUACAUUGUAA